AAGCUGUAGCUUGGCCCUUGACUGUUCCGGGGACUGGACUUGACUGCAGCGGAGACCUAAUCUAUGGGAAGAUGCAGGAGAUUUCUCAGUUGGAAAUUCUCCGCGACAGAUUGAGAGUCUACGGCGCUCCGCCGUGCCACUACCCCCGCUGCAGUUUAGUCGACGUUCAGCUGUCACUGCUCCGAUCGAUCGAUCAAUGCUUGAUUUUGGCCUGUUGCUUUGAUUCCAGGCUUGAGCUGCGGGGACGGGACCAAGAGCGAAGCGAGAGCGAGAGAGAGCAAUAGCCUAGAGGAGUGAACGGAACGUGUGUGUGUGUGUGUGUUUAAGUAUGUUUUUGUCGUAGCAUGUUGCAAUUGCUGUUUGACAGCGUUGAGCAUUGACUGAGACUUUCUUGUGUUCGGCGAGUGGCGAGCGUCGAUCUUCAUGCUGAUCGACGCCGAGAGGAGUUUUUGUUGUUGUUGUUGCUGUUUCUGAGCCUUUGGAGUGAUAAAGAGAAACCCAUUGGCUUGUAUUCAUGUAUCCGCCCCGGCUUGUCGUAAGUAAUUGAAAUUGUGUGAUCGACCUCUUCGUAUAGUAUUCGAAAGGGCUCUGCAGUGCAAAAGUGCAUGUCCGUCGAUUUAGUUUUAGAAUUAUCCCCUUUAGUUUUUUUUUGGAGCUUCUUGUAGUCAUUCUCGCUUCGUGGGAACGAGGAGUGCUAAUUGGAGAAAGAAACAACGAACUCGAUUCAUUUGCACGGACGCGAAUUCAUACAGAGAUCUUUUCAUGUUUGUGCUAGAGCACUUCCCUUCCAAAAGGUCUUGAAGCAGUGGCGUUGGUGUAUGUCGCCUUAAUUGGCUUCAUUUUUCGUGCAGCAAAGAGGAGGUUGUACUUUCGUAGAGGACUCUAUUUUGAACAUUCAAGUGGUCCUUGAACUCCUGGAGGGAUAUGGAUCAGCUUUCUACCCCCAAAGCAGGGAGACCGCACGGGUUGGGAGAAAUUCUUAACGACGGUUAUGCGCUCACAGAUCAUGUUGUGGUUGACGAGAACCACACUUUCGACGGGAACAACGAUGUAAUAGAGAAGCUCAUAACUGGAUUCAAGACUUUCAAGGAAGGAGUGUUCAAACAGAAGCCAGAGCUAUAUGACAAACUUAGAGUGGGACAAGAGCCUAAGAUUAUGAUGAUCACAUGCGCGGAUUCGCGUGUCUGUCCAACUAUGCUUCACGGACUUGAGGCUGGUGAGGCGUUUAUCGUCCGCAACGUUGCCAACUUGGUUCCUCCCUGCGAAGAAUCGGGCCAACACCACGGAACAAGUGCUGCCAUAGAGUACGCAGUCACUGUUUUGAAUGUGAAAAACAUAAUUGUUAUGGGUCAUAGCAGCUGUGGUGGUAUCAAGGCUCUCAUGUCCCGGGAUGACUUCUCAGGAGAUUUCAUUGGGAGUUGGGUGCAAAUUGGAAUGCCUGCCAAGGCAAAGACUCUCUCUCUUUUGGGGGACAAGCCUUUCGAGCAGCAAUGCAGUUUUUGUGAACAGGAAGCGGUCAAUCUUUCUUUGGCCAAUCUGUUGACAUUUCCCUUUAUCGAAGAGCGCCUCCAGAGUGGACAUCUGCAGAUAUAUGGUAUGCACUACGACUUUGUGGAAGGCAGGUUAACAAGCUGGCGCAUUGAACAAAAACAUUAAUUGACUGGAGUGCGUAAUUAGAGGUUGCCAUUAUUCUCUAACUUUACGAGCUGUAGAAAUAAUAUGUACGUAAAAAGCUACUGAUGUAUGAUAGCAUGUCACCCGAAAUAAAUUGAAGUGUUUGGCACAUUUUCAUUCA